UGUUGGGGAUCUCUCGUCUGCUAGAAAAAGUCAACAUGAAGUUUGUGCUGCUGUGUUUGGUUGUAUUGUCGCUGGAAGCACUCAGUGCGCAAGCUUCGCUCCUGAGAAGGCCGUAUGUUCGGGUCAACGCUGCACCCCCUAAGCCAGGAGUCUGCCCUCCCAUCCCGCCCAGGGCAGUCGGCAUCUGCGCUGACACCUGCUCCGUGGACGCACACUGCGGCGGGGAGGAGAAGUGCUGCCGUAACAGCUGCGGGGCCUUUACGUGUUCGCCGCCCGCUGACGUCACGACCCCGUCUCCACGGGCCACGCCUACCGACGGGCAGGACGUCCUGCCUACCGAUUCGCAGCCUGGGAACGAGAGCAUCGCGCCGACCGCUGCCGAAGAAGGUCCUCUCGGAAGGGGCUUGUUCCCAGAUGGCGCUGUGGACGUUGAAGAGGGUCCCGUCGAAAUUACCGAAUUACCAACAACAACAGCCAAAGCUAAAACAACGACAACCGAAGCUACAACAGCAACAACAACAACGGCAACAACUACUCAGCAACCAUCAACAACAACAACUGUAGCCACAACUGCUGCUGCAGCCACCCGUGCUCCUGUAGUGCGCCCCCUACCGACCCGGGAACAACGGUGCAGCCUACAGCCCGAUGUCGGUCCCUGCCGAGGAUCCUUUCGCCGUUUUUAUUACAACAUUAAGACUGGAUCCUGCAAGCCAUUUGGCUAUGGCGGUUGCCUGGGUAACGCGAACAACUUCAGGACUGUGGAAGACUGCGAAAAUGCCUGUCGGCCUGUCAAAGAAGAUGAUGGACAGACAGAUGUCUGCCCGCCAUGCCAGGAAUUUGGCUCUCUCAAGCCGCUCUACUGCAGCAAACGCUUCAUUAUGACAGCAGAGGUGCGGGACGUGUUCCCUUCCGGUGACGUCACUGUGGCAAACCUGCAGGUGCACAGGCUGAAUAUCUACCGCCAGGGGUCGCUGCGGCUCAGGGGACGGUCCUACUUCCCGCAACGCUUCAGAACGCAGGUGGUCCUGCCGAACCAGGAUGGGGACUGCGCGUGUGCAUCCCUGACUGUUGGACAAGAAUACAUCUUCAUGGGUGACAGAGUCAACAGCAGUGGCGCUGGCAUCAUUGGCGAAGGAGAUUACGUUCGCGCGGUAAACAGUGAGAACUCACGAGAGUUGGCCAACCUGUACCGCAUGGGUCGCAAUGUCGUCUGCAGGGUCUGAACAUCUGUGCCAGUUCAAGGGCAAAUGAAGGACACUAACCUAAUCUUCAAGUAGAUGUACGGUUGGAUGAACAAAAUGAAGUGUGCACCAACUUUUGUUGCAAAAGACAGGUUUUACGGUCCUUUGCUGUUGUUUGUAUAUUUUGUUCGUUUGCUUUGUUUUCAUAUAUGAUGUUCUUCGUAUGAUUAGUUGGUAAAUAUGCAGAGCUAGUUUGUGGAAAUUGUAUGCUUACCACUGCCACUGCAAGUACGAGACAGUUAGAAACCCAUGGCCAGCGUUUUUGUAUUAAAACAAAAAUGUUGCGAACAAAUGUACCGUGCGUCAUGCUAUACAUGACAGUGCGAUUGUCAUGGUAGUACGACUGUGUUCACAAUAUUUAAGAAAACGGAGAGAAAGAUAAAACUUCCCCUACGAACGGCAAAUGUACCGAAUGUUCAGUGUUAAGUAAUGCUGACGUGGAUGUUACGUUGAGAUCAUGUCUCGAUAGUACAUUCUAGGUACUGAAUUUGUCGAAAUAAAGAAAGUAAAAAGAUAA